AUGACAUUACUGAAACUGCUGCCACAACCAUUGCAACUGCAACUGCAACCACUACUGCAUAAUGAACUUUUACAACAAGCUAAAUUAAAUCAAAUCAAUGAUUUAAAAAACUCUCAAUUAUAUUCAAAACAAUUAAUUCAAACUUUACAAUCAUUAAUUAAAACCAAUUCUAAUACAUCAUUAGCAUCAUCAUCUAAUUUAAUUGAUAAAAUAAUUACUAUUCAUCAAUUAAAUAAUGAAAUUGAUAAACAAUUAAAUCAUGAUAUAGCACAAAAUUAUUAUCAAUUAAUUCAAUAUAAACAAAAAUUACAAAAAUUAAUUCAAGAUUGUCAUUAUAUAAUUAAUGAAAUUGAUAAUUUACAAUUUAAAAGUGAAUUAAUUGAUCAAAAUUUACGAAUAUUAGAAUAUACAUUAAAAUUAAUUAAUAAAAAAUGA